UUUUGCUAAAAGAAGCUUCGCUAAAUGAAUGAUCCUGUAACAAAUCCAAAUACCUCUUUAAAUAAUUUUAGAAAUGAUUACACGGGUUUGGUUUGGACAUUUGAAUUUGAAACAUGACGACAAACUCUGAUUUAUUUUCAUCAUCUUCUUCAUCCCAGCUUCACUCUUCUCACAGUUAUUUGGCCUUCUCAGCCAGAUUAAGAUUAUUAUUAUUGCUCUUUAUCUUAGUAGAUGUGCUGGCCCCAUCAGCAUCGUGUCAGGAAAUCAGACAUUCUAGGGAUGCUACUGCUAGCGGGAUAUUGAGAACUACCUUCUACUCAAAACUUCCAGCUCAUCGAAGUGAAUAUUUGAAAAACAUUAAAAUGAAAAGGACGCAUCAAGAAGACUUCAAUAAAGAAAAAUUUGUUUUGAGAAUUUUUUUCUUGCUAAGUCAAAAUUUUUUGUCUGAAUACAGUGAAGGGGUGCCAUUCAUUACAAAGCAACUUGAGAAGGUUCUUUCUGCUUGCAACAAGAUCUUCAAACAUCUGCAUAAAAAUUUCAAACUCAAACGAAUGAGCAACUUUAAAUUUAACAUUGACUACCUUGACAGCAGCAGUAGUCACAACUUCAGCAGCAACAACAUCAGCAGUAUGAACGACAUGAACAACAUAAGAUCUAUUUUUUCGAGAUUGAUAGAUUAUUCUUAUGACAACAAACAACUUGCCAUCAACUUUCAUUACUUACAUUAUAUUAGACUAGUCAGCAACGAGUCAAACAACGAGGAUUCAAAAACACAUGACUCAUCAUCUCUUCCUGAUUCAAUUUGCACCAAUCACAGAGCAGUUGGCUUCACUAACGUCAACAACUUCACUAACGUAAUGCAAACUGCCCUCGAUCUCUCUCGUGCUAUUGCUCACACCAUUGGCCUUCAAGACGAUAGUGAUGGAUGUUUUUGUGCUGGAAUGCACAAAUGCAUCAUGAGGCCCAUCAUGAUGAAUCACCAUCAGUUCAACAACAUCAGCUGGUCCAAAUGCAGUUUGAAAAACUUCCAAUUGAAUAUGCAGGCCAAACUUUAUGAAUGUCUCAAGGUUAGAUCAACAAAACAUAUUGCCGCUCUUUCAGCUGAAGCAUAUGAUGAGUUAGUUACUGUCACCACUGCUGCCACUACUACUACCAGUGCAAGCGUUCAUGCAGCUGGUGAUGGGAAGGAUGGAAGACGUUCAGAAUUUUAUGAAAACCUCGCUGGCGAAAAUGAAAAUUUGUCCUUCCAAACCUUAUGUGGCAAUGGCAUUCUUGAGAGAUCCGAGGAAUGCGACUGCAACCUACGUGAUGAUGACUGCCACUUAUUUGAGCCAUGCUGUGACUACAAACAUUGCCUGCUGCUGCCACAUGCGACCUGCCAACGGGGUGCAUGUUGUCACAAUUGCACUCUCCGACCAAGCAACAGGAUUUGUCGCUUGAAAAAAAGUUCUUGUGAUGUUCCCGAGUUUUGCGAUGGGUUUUCAGAGGAGUGUCCAGAAGAUGACCACAUGGACAAUGGCGAAAAGUGUACUAUGAAAUUAAAACAGUCUGCCAACAAACUGCAGGUUAAGCAUGAAAGUGCCAAUGCGGAAAAGUCAUCAAUCUUUGCCACAUCAACAAUAAAAUUCGAUGAGGAUGAUGCCGGUGGUGGUGUGAAAAGGUUGGAUGGUUUGUGUUUCAAGGGAAGGUGUGUUUCAAGAGGAGGACAGUGCAUACGCAGCUUUGGAUAUGAUUACGAAGACAGAACAAGAUCAUUUUACGAGAGAGUCAAUGUAGUUGGCAACGAAGAUGGGCACUGUGGAGUGCUCGCGACAUCAACCACGUCGUCAUCUCCCUAUUUAUCACCAUUGUUUCCUCCAGCAAAAACAUCGUCAGCAUUAUUUUCAUCUUCAUCAAUCCCACCUUCAGCAGCCUUCUUUUUUCCAUCGUCGUCGUCGUCGUCACUUGAAUUGAAUGUCAGAAAUGAUUAUGUUGCGUCAGAAAGCUUCUCAAAAUGUCGUCUCAAAGAUGCUUGGUGCGGCAGACUUCAAUGCAGAACAUCCUCCCAUGCCUCAUCGUCGACCUCUUCACUCCAGCGUUUGUUAUUGAUGGUUGAAGAUGGUAGUCAGUGUGGAAUGAAUGAAGUUUGUUUCCAACAAAAGUGCGUCAAUGUGUCCAACUUUUCAAGAGGCCGAUGCCCUCUUGGCUCCAACGGACUCGUCUGCUCUGCGCGUGGGGCAUGCACUGGCAGGUCCAAGUGUUACUGCCAUCCUGGCUACGGCGCCAAUGAUUGCAGCCGAACGAUGGACGUUAUUACGCAGCCUUACGAGGAGCUCCACCAUCUUUCUCCACCGCCAUCUUCCAUAUUUCAUGAAUUUUAUAAUAAGGAUAGUGAUGAUGAUGAUGACGAUGACGUAAUUGAAUCAGAUGUUGCAAAUGAAGUUAUGAAUUACAAGUUUCACAUCUAUAUAAACCACUUAAAUUCUGCAAGCAACACCAGCAUCAACGACACCAGCAGCAGCAGCAACAACAACAACAAAAGCCUCAUCAACACAACCCGUACUUGGUUGCUUUUUUUGAUGGCAGUUGUAAUAAGUUUUGCUGCUCUUCUAUUUCUCGUCUGCGUUCUCUGUUACAGGCGACGUGUUCCGCAGAGCCACUCAGCUGGUACAUAUCAAAAAGGUUUUUAUAAAGGAGGCGGCUUGAAGAAGCGACAGAAGCGCAAUGCUCAGGCUCUCGCUCAUGUUAAUUUGCCCCCCGUGGAAGGUGAUGUUGUGCAUGCAAAACCCUUAGUUGAAAGAAUAAUUUCAUUUGGAAGCCUUCCUUCAUACAAAGCUGAGAAGCGUAAGAAAGUGAUGCGUGAACACUGGAACAUUAAUGAGCGUGGUUACAACCUCAAAUCAUCUAAUGGGAUUGUUGAAAUGGAUGGUACCGAAAGGCGAAGUGAAAUGAAGACAAUGAUAUUUCAGUCGCCGAGCAGCAUCACUCACGCCCAAACUUUGCCUGACCCGCCAGGCAGAGGAAUUCUCAGGCAACCAGGUGCCGGACCAAGAUAUAAAAAAAUCGUGCAGUCAAGGAAAAAUGUUGGUAAGGAUGGUGAAUGUAUUGUUCAGAGCAGCGAAUUGAACGAUGUAGUAAAUUUUAUUAGUAAGAAUAUGCAGUGCGAUGUUGAUCAUUCAACUCAACAAACGAAGAAUGAGGUUCAAGAUUGUAAUGGAAUCGAAGCAUUAGAGUUUAAAAUUGGUGACUGUUUACGUAAUGGAGAGAAUGUUAAUAACAGUGAUGCAGCACCUUUAUCAUCCAAACCGAUUACUGAAACAGAAUGCGCAGUUUUGAACAAUGAUUUAAUAAAUGCCAUUGAACUAGCUGUUACAGACGAGGAGCAUCAACUAGAUGUAGAUGAAGUCGGAUUAGAUGUAGACAAACGGUGAUUGAUCUAUCUUAUUUUAUAUUGUAUAUAUAUUUUGUUGCGGGCUAUAUACCAUUUGUCAUCGUGAAUGAUAUGUUGAAAUAUAUUCAAUGUCUCUUAUUUGCUUUCAUUUUUCAAUAGUGUGUUUGUAAAGAAUUGAUUGCGAAUAGUUUAAACGCCAUCGCUGAAAAUUGUUAAUUUCUGCAUCAUUUGUUAACCCUGCGGAGCCGAGAGAAACGUCACCACAAGCGUUGAAAUAUAUUAAUAACUAAAUUAAUAAUUGAACGAACUAAUAAACAUUUUAUUACAAA